GUGAUUGUGUAAAUGGCGUCGAGGUUAGAUUAGAACAAUUCACUGAUUACUCCUACCUACACACAAAAUAUUAUUAGAUCUAUUUACGUAAAAUCAUAAUUGUGGACAAUGGAAACAAUAUUGGAGCAACAGCGGAGCUAUCAUGAAGAACGAGAACGGGUUAUGGAUGCCAUGGUCAAAGAGAUUCUUCACAAGAAGACAGGGCAUCGCGAGACUAUCAAUGGAGAACAUCGUUUGAAAAACUUGCAUGACAGAUAUAUUGAAGCUACAAUAAGGUUAAAGGAACUUUAUGAAGACAAAGAUGGUCUGCGUAAGGAAGAAAUUGCAGCAUUGUCUGGUCCAAAUGAAUUUCAAGAGUUUUAUGCCCGACUUAAGCAAAUAAAGGAAUUUCACAGAAAACAUCCUAAUGAGGUACAUUAUUAUUAUAGGAAAUGA